UUGUUUUUAAAAUCUAUUUUAGCUAAAGAAAUACUUUCUUUUAAUUUAUACUUUCUUUUAACCUAUAAUUUAAAGGUACCACGACCACUAACACUAUCAUGGAAUUGCGAAGGAACGCGAUUGGCAGCUGGCGCUGAAAAAAGCGUUGCAGUUGUCACACUCGAUUCAUCUUAUCGAACCAAAAGUAUUUUUCACGGAUAUGGGCAUAACGAGCAGGUGGAUCAGGUUGCUUUUCAUCCUUCUAAUCCUUAUUUGCUAGCUUCCGCCAGUGCUGAUCGUACAAUUCGCAUUUGGGAUAUCAGACAAACACGAACGCAUACCAGACUCACAACAAAAGGCAAUAUUUUUUUAAAAGGAGAUUCGCAGAAUUUAAAUGUCGCUUGGUCACCUUGCGGAACAUAUUUUGUUUAUGGUGACAAAGAAGACACAUUAAAUUUGGUUGAUGGUCGAUUUUUGAAAACUAUGAAAGCAGAAAUUUUAAAGGAUGAAACAAAUGAAUUUGCUUUUGAUCAAUCGGGGAAGCAUCUUUUUGUUGCUCUUGGCAGUGGCAAACUUAGUAUUUACAGAAUGCCAGAGGUUCAACUAUUUCGUACCAUUCAAGCUCAUUCACCUCAGUCAACUUGUGUUUGUGUUUCUCUAUCUCCCGAUGGUAAUCGGUUUGCAAUUGGAGCAUCAGAUGCAAUCUGUUCUGUAUGGCUGACACAAGAUCUUAUAUGUGAAUAUAAUAUUACUAGAUUAGAUUAUCCUAUUCGUUCAGUAUCCUUCAGCGCAGACAAUCAAAUUAUUGCAACAGCUAGUGAAGAUCAUUCAAUUGAUAUCGCUUGGGCUGAUACUGGAGAAAGGGUGCAUGAAAUACGCGUAAAUGCCGAAACAUAUACCUGUGUAUGGCAUCCAAAUGUUCAUUUAUUAGCAUAUGCUUCAGCUCCUCCUCUUGAUAGUCGUGACAGAGAAGUGACUGUAAAAUUAUUUGGAUUCACUGCUUAG